AUGUCUGCAACAACCUUCCACCCGUUUCCCGAUCUGCCGAUGGAAACCAAGCUCCAAAUCUGGAUGACAGCUUGUACCGAAUCCACCUUUCCAGGACAUCUCUCCUCCAAUCAAGGAGGGCUGCAUUAUGUCAACGUUGACACCAUCAGGACUGGAGGGGGAGACCUACUCACUCUCCGAGUUCUUGACAAGCAAAAUCUCAACGACGAUGCGGGAGUCUCUGACAACAAGUCAGAAUAUAUGAGAAAUGGCGGCCUGUGGGGGGCAUGCAAGCUGUCGCGAGCAAUCAUCACUGUCAAGACAAUCUUCAUGCGUCAUAAGCUUAUCGACUCCCACCAGCAUGAAGUUGGAAGUCUCGCCAUACUGCCAAGUCGAAACAGCGACGAGCCACACGGGUACAUGGUUUAUCCUCAGCAGGACAUAUUCUGCAUUCGAACAGGGGACUGGAAAUCCCUCCCUGAGAGCUUUGAACAGUGCAACACGGGCCUCCCCUCUUUUGAUCCCCUCUCUUCCGCCAUCAUUCCGACGCCCACUCUUGCCGUUGAGUUUGAUUCUAGCUGGAUUGUUGACCUCCCCGAGACACUUGAUGAACUAAAGGCGGAGAAUUCUGCUCGUGGUCUGGUGGCCACUUGGAUGGAAGGCGUAGCCAGCGGCCGGGUCCAAACACCUCAGCUCUACCUGAUCGACAAGGGCACACUUUUUGUUUCGCAAACUCCCGGCUACAGUCCCGUCUAUCACGACUGCGACGGAAAGUACAUCCGUAUGUACGAGGAGUGGUGCGGUGAUGCCAUCUCUGCAUUCAUUCAUGCUCUCGAUGAGUUUCUCCCUCUGGACAAGUAUGGCGACUUGUACAAAGAGAAUAGCCCAGACAGCUGGGAUGAGGAUGCCGAAGAAUGGCUGGAAUUUGACAUAUUCAGCAACAUCAAAGUACUUGCCCGUUUCGAGUACGCAGAUCACAAGGAAGUCAGUUGGACAGCUGUUUGUAACGACCUCUCCAACGAUGAUGUCCGGGGCUCUGAACAUGCCAUAACAUCCUACGGCAGGGUGUAUGACCUGAACUAUGACGACGAUAUCGGCUACUGUGUGGGGGAAUUCGGCAAUCCCCGCGGAUGGUCCUCCUCUGACGAUGACGACGACGACGAAACAGGCAGCGAGGACGAGAUGGGCCGAGUUGAGUACAUCAAGCUCUUCUAG